AUGAUGUUAGCUUGUGACUCAGAGAUAGAUGUUUCUAGUUAUUUACAACUGGAUGGGCUGCAGGAAUGUGGCGUGAAUAUGGAAUGGCAUGGUGAAUUGGAACUCUCUGAUUGCGAGGAAAGAUUGGAAGGUGGGAUACUGGAGCACGUCAUUCGGACACCAGAGGACCGCCAUAUCGGAAGAUCCAACGAUUAUUACAAUGGGAUUCACCACCAGGAGCAAGUUGAUUACGGCCAUAGCUACAGCUCUUCGAGUAGCAUUGACUCGUUUAAUUGUUGUGGCGACAAUAGGGAAUUUUCAUGGUGCAAAGAUCAGCAACAGGAACAAAAUCAACAGCGGCACUUUAGUAGAGGCACUGAUAACAGCGGCGCAACCACUGCUACUACCGCCACCACUGCUGGCGACGAGAAGUAUUUCGGUCGUCUUCUCCCUGCACAAAUGAUCAACAUGGUCCACACUCAGCCUGUCCACUUGAUCCAUGUGCACAACUUGAAAGCUUUGCAAACGAGCUUUGAAGAUGAAGAAGCAGCGGCUAAUGUAGCUGCCCUAGAAGCUGCCGCAGAAGCUGCAGAAGCUGCAAUCAUCGAAAGAUCGGCAGCCGCUAACGCAAGUUCCACGCCUCCCAGUCUCGCAGACACUAGAAACAAUUCCGUUUUCUCUUCGACCAGAAGCAUUAACAACCUGCUACAAGAUCAGCAGGACAUGGAAAACGACAUAAAACUAAUGCCCCCCACUAAAAAGAGGUCGCUUGUCGCUCCUAUAAUGUUUCAUGCAGGUAAGUCACAAGUUACCGCAAACACUAAUAACACUCACAAUAAAAUUAAACACCAUAACGAACCCCAAAAGCUCAAGCCCAAUUGCAAGAAUACCACAAAACCUGUCUCGGAAAAGGACCAGUUUGUUUACACUCUGACAAAUAAAUUGUUACCGUAUUUUGGGUACUUCCUUGCAGAUUCAAACGAUUUGGAAUACUUUGACAAAGUAAGAUUCCAAGAGAUCGAUUAUAAGUUCUCGAAAACAUACUUCUAA